CAGCUGGGAAGCACUGAAGAUGACUGACGGCUCUUUGUGGAGUACAGACAAUUCAAAACACUUGUAGACGGGCCCAAAAGCCAUGACUUGCAUACACCCCCAGCAUGGAUCUCAGCUCUAUGAGAACAGCCUUGGCAGCUCGGAGCUCCAGAGCACAGACUUUAUCUCCAGGCUGGCUGUAAAUAUGAGCAACCCACGGGACCGCCUCUCUGCUCCAUCCCUGCCAAGCAUCAACUCCCUGGUGGACACUCACACCGGCGACUUUGAUGCAUAUUCAUGUCAGUUUACUGCAGCCCCUGCCCAUGUGACCCCGUCGUCUGGCCAGGAGACCCCCUUCAAGCUGGAUGACCUUCAGGUGUAUGGCUGCUACCCUGGAGCGUUCACGCUGAGUUACCCGGAUGAGGCUGUGUCCCCUUGUGGGUCAGAUUAUUUUGGCAGCCCUGCAUCAGCCUCGUCUCCUUCAACCCCCCGGUUCCAGAGUCAGCAUGCGUCCAACUGGGACUCAGCCUUCGGGCCUUACUCACCCAGUCCAGGAUACUGGGCGGCAGAGGACACCUCAGUGCCACAAGAGCCCACUUUCUUCAAUUUCAGUUCUGUGGAGGACAUGUCUCACUUGGGUCAAACGCACUUACAAGAGCAGGAUCCUUUCACUUUGACCCACCCUCAAACGUCUGCACUGACCUUCCCUGCCUUGGCGAUGGAGCAAGCCGGCAUUCUCAAUGGCACUGACCAGCUGGAUGGGAGCUUAUCACCCAAAUUGAAAAGUCCCAGUGGAAAUGAGGGCUGCUGUGCUGUGUGUGGGGACAACGCCUCCUGUCAGCACUAUGGGGUUCGCACCUGUGAGGGAUGCAAAGGGUUUUUCAAGCGUACAGUACAAAAAAAUUCCAAGUAUGUUUGCCUCGCCAACAAAGACUGUCCUGUAGACAAGAGGAGGCGGAAUCGAUGUCAGUUCUGCCGUUUCCAAAAGUGUCUAGUCGUGGGCAUGGUGAGGGAAGUUGUGAGAACGGACAGCCUGAAAGGACGAAGAGGUCGCCUACCUUCAAAGCCUAAAGUGGUCCAGGAUGUUGUGACAACCACUGUUUCUCCAGUGAGCAUGAUAGCGUCACUUGUGAGGGCCCACAUUGACACAAAUCCCGCCAUUGGGAAACUGGAUUACUCCAAGUUUGGUGAGACCAAAGUCAGUCCGAACCAGAAAGUUGACGCAAGUGACAUCAAACAGUUUUACGACUUACUCACAUCCUCAUUGGAGGCCAUCAGGAAGUGGGCGAAGAGCAUCCCAGGUUUCUCUGAGUUCUGCUCAGAAGACCAGGAAAUGCUGCUGGAAUCUGCGUUUAUCGAACUCUUCAUCUUGCGUCUUGCUUAUCGUUCCAAUCCUGAGAUGGACACGCUCAUCUUCUGCAAUGGGGCCGUGCUUCACAAAACGCAGUGUGUCCAAGGCUUUGGUGACUGGAUCGACUCCAUUUUGGAGUUUUCUCGAAGUCUCCAUCGCAUGAAGCUAGACGUUUCCUCCUGCUCCUGUCUAGCAGCCCUGGUCAUAAUCACUGAUCGACAUGGUCUAAAGGAGCCAAAACGAGUAGAGGACUUGCAGAACCAACUCAUCACUUGCCUUAAAGAUCACAUCUCUGGCUGUGGCCCAGACUCGUUGCGGCCAAAUUAUUUGUCCAGACUUCUCGGGAAGCUGCCUGAGCUCAGGACCCUGUGCACUCAAGGCUACCAGCGUAUGUUUUACCUUAAAUUAGAAGAUCUUGUUCCUCCACCACAGAUUGUGGAGAAAAUCUUCAUGGAUACGCUUCCAUUUUGAGUGUGAGAUGGGAGAGCUGUGAUAUAUAAAAUGUGGAGUUCAUAUGAGAACCAAAGAGAACAGACUCAGGAGACUGAAGGAGAAGAAUCCUAAGGGAUUAUGCAGCUGUAGAGGAAAAGGCCUACAUCUGAGCUAUAAAGCAAAUGAGUUAUAAAACUUGCAGAAGCAACAUGUAGGUGGAGCAGUCACAAAAUGCUCUUCCUAGUUUGUUUUUCAAGCAAAUUGUGUACUCUGCAAACGGGCCACCUCAUGGACCAAAAGCUGACUGUUUACAUACAACAAUGUGCCCUAAAAAAUUUAGAUGAUUGCACUUUCCAAGCAGUUACAAAUGUAAGACAAUUGAUAUCUGCACCAUCAUUUCAAGGAUGUAAUGAGCGCAAUCAUUUUUCUUUUUUAAUAACAACCUUUCGACUGUAAAUGCAGUCUUAAAGUAUUAAAAAGGUUAUCAUAUUUCAUUUUAGAUUACAUCUUCAGGUGCUCCAGGAUGUUUUCAAUUAUUUCCCAGAACCACUCAAAUACACUUCUCAGCCUCCAAACUGAUGUUUGGUGAGUCCACACACAUCAAUGUCCAAAGCAUGAGUCCCUCAGAGCGCCAGUUUGCUUCAUAUCUAAUGCCACCAUAUGAUUUGGUGAUAGUACAGUAGGUUAAACCUACAGAAUCAUUCUGUGGCAUCAUUCAUGUAUCAUGAAUUGACAUUGUGCAGCUAUUAUACUGUGUAUCGUUUUAUACACUGGACUUGUAUGUAGAUUAUUUUUAAUCGGUUUUAAACCUGCUGGUGUUGUUGCCACAUGAACUGUAUUGUGCAGUUUGGGUAAUAUGUAAUUUGCUUGGGGUUAUUUUUACAUAAGAUGUUAUA